AUGGGAAGUGUAUGUAAAAAUAUGAAAAAUACACAGGAUCUUAAAUAAAUUUAGAUGAAUUGCAAGAACAAUAAAACAUUCAAAAAACUAAAAAGAGCAGAUUUUCAACAUCCUAAACAAAUUCUAGAUUUUGACAGUUCUUAUUCAAUAUGUUCAGAAAGAAAUUCAUCAUAAUUUUCUAAAACUAUUGGCCAUAUCAAUACUUCCAGUUGUAUAUAUAUGAAAAGAAGAGAUAAUUAAUUUUUUACUAGAAGAGUAAAUAGCAGCUUAAACAGAAACAGUCUAAAUUUGCUCAAAAAAGAUGAUUAUAAUUCAUAAUCUGAUUUAUCUAUAGAAUUGAUAGAUGACGCUUAACUCAAAUUAAUAAUACCUUAUCAUGCUAGGAGAUCUUGGAGUAAAAAAAGGGUAACAACUAAGGUAGAUUUAUUAAAGAAGGUGAAAAAUUAGAAAUACUUAGAAAGAUUUAAAAGGAGGAAAACUUGA